AUGGAUGUAAGCAAGCUGUUAAAAAAUGUCCAUAAUCUAAACGAUUAUAUUUCUAUCACACAAGAUGUAGUAACCAAGUUUUCAAAUUCGAAAAUACAUUUCAACAUGUCGACUAUUCUCGCAUUAAAUAAGAUCAGAUCUAUUGAAAUAGAAUACUUCAAUAAAUGCGACGAAAAUGGUGUUGCCUUAAAAAUACUUGAACUAAUAUUGCGAUCGCCGGCGUCGAAAACUUGGGGUUUACUUGGAAAAGAACUAAUCUUAUUGAUGCAGUAUUGGCUUGAUGCUCUAAGAAAACAUCUAAUAGUCCAUAAUAAUCACUGGUGGAACUUUUUAAGCAUAUUAUUGAAAUUUAUUCAGGGCAUAGGCUCAAAAAAUCCUGUAUUAAAUGAUGUCCUAGUGCAAGAAACAGCAGAAUGUUUAUUAGAUAUAGCGACAAGGGAUCAGCCAGAUAUAGUUCAGAGACAGAAAAUACUUAACUGUUUGAAUAAAUUUUGUGCUGAGUCAAGUAGGGAAGUCAGAUUUGCACUGAGAAAUAAAUUUGAAGUUUAUUUCAUAAAACUUUCAAGAUUAAUGUCAACAUGUGGUGACGUAAGAACUCAGUUCAAUAUAAUGGAGACACUAUUACGAUGGUUGCUACCACGUCAUGACUUAGCAGUGCGUAGAAAUGCAUCUAUAAAAUGGUUCCCGAGUAAAUUGUUUUGCAACAAAGCUAUUGAUAUAUUCUUGACAAGACCAUGGAAAAACUUUUUUAAGGAUGCAAGAGAUUUUUUAAAUGCCCAUAACGAAACAAGUGAUGUUAUUACUUCAGUACUCUGUAGAAAGUUUUCUGUGGGCAGAAUCGUUCUAAUAUCUGGUACAGAUAAAGAAGACUACUGGAUUGACUUCAAUAACGGUAGCAAGUGUAUAUCAAUGAUGAUGGAAUCUAAGCUUCUAGAAAUUCUAGGAAAUUCUAUGUCUGUUAGUGAUGUUUUAAUUAUUAAUGAGGAUAAUACUAGCAGCGUUGAAAUGAGAGGUUAUUCAGAACUACAAAUAACAGUAACAGUAUCGGACCCUCAACGAAUGUACCCAUCGAAUGUUCUCGAUGAAUGUGACGUCACGAUCUCCAUUAGUACUAGAAGCGAUAUAAGAAGAGUCGAUAGAGCUUUAAGAAGUAUAUUUGAUAACAAAUAUCAGUUAUUACGAGAAUUGGAAAACCCUCUACGAUUGUCUCCUCGACGCAGACAAGAUGUGUCUCAAAAAGCUACGAGUAAUACCUCUGAAGAUGAAACGAGAUUCUCUCAUCCAGUAGGAGUUCCACGCAGGAAACAUUCAGGCUAUAUUACGAGGCCAAGGAAACCUAUCUCAUGGCAAUCACCAUCUACCGCCUCGACUUCUUCACUUGCUAUGUUAAGGGAAAAGUUAACAGCUUUUCCAGGCUACAGAUUCGAUAAAGAGCCAGUAAGUGUAUGCGCUUUACCACAAUUAUCUAGUGUCACUGAAGUAAGCGAGACAGACGAACGAUCUGUCUUAAGCACCUCACUUAGUACCCUCAAACUUAGGACAUAUGGCGUUUGUAACAAGAAGAAGACUAUUAAGGAAAAAUCUCAAAGUGACACAGAGAGUGUGAAAGAUAAGGCCAAAAAUAAAUGUAUUUCACCAGUAGUCAAUAAUGAUGAUGAUUCAAUCAGCUGCCUACUAGUAGCUACAAUAGGAUCAGCUAAUGAUUCCGUGAUAAAUGAGACGCUGGAACGUUUACCAAAAGACAAAGAUAUACACACGGAUAAUAUUGUUGAUAUGCUAGCACGUGAAGCUUUGAGCUCUACGCGAAAUAUUGAAGAUAAAGCGGACAGUGGUUUUUUAACAAGUGAUAGAGUAGUGCAGGAUCACAAUAAAAAUAAUAAAGAAAAUACUCCGUUGACGUAUACAUCUAAAAAAUGUAGUAAAAAUAAAAAUCUUACGAUAGUAAAUAAUUCUACAACUGAUGAGUCGAAUACCGAUGUGAUUGAAGACACUCCGUAUACAAUUAGUAUAAAAAAUAAAAAAAUGAAUAAAGAUUCUGGGGUCCGGCAAACUUAUGAUAAUCAAGUUGUAGAAGAGUUUUUCUCACAGCACUUCGUAGAAAACAGAGACGGUGAAAUAGUAAUAAGUCCUACUUUAGCGAAAAAAAUUAACGAGUCGAGUUCAGAAUCUUCUGAAUUUGAUUUAUGUCCCACGGUGAAUAACGAAGAACAAUUUUAUGACAUCGAAAUUAUUGACUGCCUCAACGAAAUCAUUGAUACAGUUUGUAAAGAUUUCCAGAAAUGUUCAGAAUAUCUGAACGAUGUUGAAAUUAAUGAUACUAAUAAUAUAAAUAUUAAAGAAGACUUUCAAACAGUGAGAAACGAAAAAGUCACGAGUAAAAAUAACAGUCAAAACAAACGCAAUCAUCGUAAAGCAACAAAAAAUAUAAAAAAGUUUGCAAAUACGAAGAAACAGGCAAAAACUCGCGGACGAAAAAACAAUAAACUGGACACAGAGGACACAAAAAGGAUGUCUCCAAUUUUAGAAAUGGACAGUAUUAUAGAAGAUAUUGAUGAUACUAAAAAUUCUGAAGUGCCAAAAAAAGACGAUUCCGAUACUCCGUUAAUAAAAAGAAAAAGGAAAUUGUAUUCGCCUAAAGAUGAUCAGGUCGUUAAUGAAAAAACUGGUGUUCACGUGUCUGAAACUGAAGACGAAACUAUCUGCCCGAACAUAAAAAUAAAUGAAAGUACACCAAAGUCUUUGGCAACUUCUUACAAAGAAAUUGAAAGCUUACGUCGCAGGUCGAUUCGGAAGCUGCGUGAUCGAAAAUCUAGAAGUGUCCCGUCUCUUUCACCGCGAACUAAAAAAAUGAAUGAUGUUUUUGAUAGUCUUAAAAAAACAACAGAAGGCGAAAAAGUUAAACUAGCUACAAGGAAAACUAGUAGCAGAUUGUACGAAGUAUACAAUUAUACGAGUGACAGUGAUGAUAGUGACUUUAAAAUUAAAAGAAACACAAGUAAAACCAAUGUAAGUACGGGGCCUACUCUACGUAGACGUAGCAAUACAAAACUCAACUAUUCCGAAAAUAAUAAGGAUUCUACAGAGGAACAAAGUAAAAAGAACCCCAAACCUAAAUAUGUUCGGCAGAGAGCAAAGAAAACUGAUAGAAAAAAGAAAGUCGUGAAAAUGAAAACUGAAAUGAUCGAUGAACGCAUGAGAGAUGCUGCGCCAAAAAGUCUAAAUACUUCAUUAAUAAUUGAACAAAAUAAUGAAGUAAUGAAUGUUCUCGAACCACAGCCGACUCUUAUCGAACCACAAAUGGAAACAAUCGAUGACGAAAACGUACAAAUGCCGAAGAAAAAAAGAUCUAAUCGAAUCACAGAUUUAUCUUUGAAUAAAACAAAACCAAAACAAAGUAAAACAGUUUUAGAAAUAAAUAGUGAUAGAGAUAACACUGAAAGUCCUCUACCAGGACUCAUUAUUGAGAUAGUUCAAGAAAACAAAGAUACAGAUGAAUCGCUUUCAGGCUUAAUUCUCGAAAAUUUUAAAAACAUAGACAAAGAAGGUACAUUGCCCGAUACAUCUGGAUUGGACAAUACUCAAAAUUUAUUGUCAGACAUAGACCAUAAUAACAAUAGUCCUUCCAAAGUAAACAUUAUAGACGACUGCAUAAAAGAAAUUGAAAUUCAACAAGGCAGUGUAACGCCUGUAAAAAAAGUUACAACCAAAAAAGCUAAAAAACCUGCAAAAAUCACAAAAAUUAAAAAUGAACGUACGGAAGACUGUUUUCAAACAAAAAAUAUUACUAAUAUAUCCGAAUCUAAUAUCGAUAUAAUUAAUACAUCAGAUCGAUUCGAAGUCAAUUCAGAAAAAAGCAUAGCUACAAUAGGAAAAUCUCCUAUAACAGGUCACGGGGAUUUCGAUGAAUCACCGCCAAGCGCUAAACAUUUAACAGAAACGUUACAAUCGAGAGGUUUAGAGACACAGGAUCUAAAUCAGUCAAUGAAAGCAUAUUUCGAUAAACUAACAAACGAACUAAACGAAGUAUCUAACAACAGUGCAAAUUCAAACAACAAAAAUGUUAAGAAGAAAAAAAGUCUGGAAAAAUCAUCAACAACAGAUUCAACAAAAAAUGUGUUUGACAAAUCACCCACCGUAUCGAUAGAAAAACUUUCUGAAAAAGAAAUUAGCAGAUGGUUACCUCCACGUUAUAAUUCCGUUUUUGGAUCCAAACAAAGUUCAGAUAGUGAUACAUCUACGCGAAAAACCAGAAGCUAUACAAAAAAAUUACACAUAAAUGAAUCUAUUUCUGACAAAAAAUCUACUGAAAAAAAUACACAUAAAACUUAUAAGUCGAUAAUAUCACCAGUAAAAAUGUACGGAGAAUUGAAUGAAAAAGAAAAGUCGAUUUCCUCUGAAGGAGACGAUUACGUCGAACGGAUAAAAAGUUUGAUUACUACUAAGAAAGAAUUAUACAAACCUAGCACUUCUGGUACAAGAUCGAAAUAUGAUAUACCAAAACACAGUCCAAAUUCAAGUGAAUCUAGAAUCAGUAAAAUUUCUGAUGUAAAGGGAAUUGAGAAAACGGUUAAAAGAAAGUCGUCUCCUGUGUUUGAAGUCAAGAAGCUAAGAAAAAUUGGCGAUAAUAGUAUAGACAAUUUGACAAGCGAAAGUGUUCCUAGUUCCAGUGUGCAAGAUUGGUUGAGAAGGAAUGAACGGGACAAACUUAGCACAGCAGAAAGUUUGGAUUUGUCUGUGAAGGAUAAUUUGGAAAAUAUUAUCGAAAAGUUAGACACUACUUUGGUUGAAAUUCAUCAUAAAACUAGCAGGAAGUUUGUUAGUAUGUUUGUGGAUACUCAAAUGUACCUAAAUGAAUUAAAGGAGCAACGACAUCAAAUGUUUAAAAGUACCGCUAUGGAGGUGAUGUCGGAAGUUGUUAAAGUUAUUAACGAUAAAUUUGAAAGUUUCGAUAGAAGAUCUCAGGAACACGAUGAGCAGUUCAUUGCGAAUCUCAAAGAAAAAGCUCGAAAGCUUGUUCAAGAAGACUGCAAACAAAAACGCCUCAUGGUAACAUUACUAAAGGAAGAUGUUCAAAAUGUCAUUGAGCAUAUGAAAAAAGGCUGAAACGGGAUGUUCAAUAGAGGCCUAGGCCUUAAUUAAUAUGAGUAGGCCUUUGUAUAUAUAUAUUGUAGAUUUUAAUUAAUAUAAGUAGGUGUAAGAGACCUAUAUCUAAUAGGUAUUAUAUUUUUUAAAACAAUUGUCUAGAAAUUAAUUAAAUAUGCGAUUAGUAAUGUGAUAAUUUUAUUUUAAUAUUUUUUUAAUUAUAAUAAGAUUCAUUUCUAAAUAUUUUAAUAUUACUAAGAAAUACGGCGUUGCAAUCUUAUUAGUUUAAUUAUUAUAAAAAAAUGUAUUUUCUUUUAAAUUGAUUUAAGCAAAAGGUUGAUUUUAAGUUACCAUAAAUCAUUAAUGAUAUGUAAACUUGAUGAUUUAAUUAUUUAAAUUGCGUUAAUUUUGAUUGAAUAAAUUGUUUUGAAUUA